AUGACGAACCCGCCCGCGGUGACGUGGUUCACGGGGAGGGCGAUCACGGUCGCGCUCGCGGUCACGAUGCUCGGCAUGGGACUCACGCUGGAGACGUCCGAUUUCGUCGACGCGCUCCGUCGACCGAAGCAGGUCGCCGUGGGCGUGGCGCUGCAGUACUCCAUCAUGCCGCUGACCGCGCUGUUGAUCGGACGAGUGUUUCCGGUGCACCCCUCGAUCGCGGUCGGGCUCGUGCUCGUCGGGUGCUGCCCGGGCGGGACCGCGAGCAACUUGGUCACUUACCUCGCGAACGCGAACGUCGCGCUCUCCGUCGUGCUGACGACGGCGAGCACGUUCAUGGCGACGGCGAUGACGCCGCUGAUGACGAAAACGCUGGCCGGGACGCUCGUCCCCGUGGACGCCGCCGGGCUGUUCGCGUCCACGGUGCAGGUCGUGUUGAUGCCCGUCCUCAGCGGAUUACUCCUUAAGAAGUUCGCCCCCGCGUUCGUCGCGCUCGCGUCCCCGUUCUGCCCGCUCGUCGCCGUGGGCACCGUCGCGCUGAUCUGCGCGUCGAUCAUCGGGCAGUCCUCCGCGGCGAUAACCGCCGCGGGCGGGACGUUACUCGCCGCCGUCGCGUGCCUCCAUCUCGCCGGCUUCUUCCUCGGGUACCACGUCGCCGGCGCGUUCGGGUUCGAAGAGCGCGACCGUCGGACCGUGAGCGUGGAGGUGGGGAUGCAGAACAGCGCGCUGGGAGUGGUCCUCGCCACCGCGCACUUCGCGGAUCCGCUCGUCGCGGUGCCGUGCGCCAUCUCCGCGACGGCGCACUCGUGCAUCGGCAGCGCGAUUGCGGGGGCGUGGCGCGCGUUCGGGAGCGACGGCGAGAAGACGAAGUAGAAGAAGAAGAAGAAGAAGAAGAAGAAGAAGAAGAAGAAGAAGAAGAAGAAGAAGAACUCGCGCCGUAGGCGGCGGGCGUCUAAUGCGUUAUUACGCGUACUGUAGCGGCGUCUAUUCUCUCGGAUAUUAAAACCAAACCAAACCAAACCAAACCAAACUCAUCGCAGCGCGCUCGACUCGACUCGAGUCGACUCGAGUCGAGUCAACGCAUCGACUCAUCACGCGUCGUCGUCCAGCGCGCCCGUCGCCUCGAGCCCAACCUUGGCGGCGACGCCGAACCCGAUCAACCAAAACACCCCGAGCGCGACGUACUGCUCGUAAAACACGCACGUCGCGCUCCCCCCCAGCGCGAGCGCGGCGACGCCCGCGAUGGUGAUCGCGAGCGUCCCCGGGUCCAUCUUCUCCUUAGAAGCCCCUUUAGCGUCCGCCCUGAAGUCGCCCGCGGCGGAGACCCGAUCCCCGUCCUCGCCCUCGACGUACAUCAUCGGCUCAACCGCGUACACGUUGUUGUUCUCCAGGCUCGUGUUCGACCCGCCCAUCGUCGUCGCCGCGCGGAAGUCCGGCCCGAGGCUUCCGUUCUUCACGUCGACGUAUAUGCCGUCCUGCCUCGCGAGCACGGGGAACACCUCCAUCGGGCGGCACGUCUCGAUCGGCGUCAGCUUGCGGAGCACCGGGUUGUCCGGAUACCACGCUCGGAUCUCGCCCGUCUUGAGGUCGAACGUGCUCUGCGUCGACGGGCAGAUGAUGCAGCCGUCCUGCGUGAGGCGCGCGUUGGCGAAGCCUUCGCUGAAGGCGCCCUCCGCGGGCGAUCGCGACUCGAUGCAGCAGAUGGUGUCCUUGUAGUAGAACAUUAGGAGGGACUUUCCGAGCGCGUUGAACUGCUUGCGAUCGCCUCUGGGGAGGUCGUCGAAGUCGCAGAUCUUCGCGAAGGUGCCGGGGGGCGGCGCGGAAGGCGCGGGCGCUGCU